GCUCACUGCCAACAGCGGGGCCGCGGGCGUGUGGGGACGGGGCGGGCGGAGAUCUCCUUCCCUGUGCUCCUGCGUUGGGCGUGGGGUGCGGGACCGAGCACGGGGCGUCCCGAGCGGCGACGGGCGGAGCGGGGCAGUCCCGGCAGCGGGAGCUCCCCCGGUAGCGGGCUGUCCUAGCGAGAACAGCGGCCCCAGGUGCGGAGCCGGGCGACAGGGAGGCUCCGCUCCACGCCGUGCCCGCCGCUGCGGGCGGGGGUGAGGGCCGCCGGGCCGGGGGCGAGGGGCUGCCAGCAUGAACAUCCUGCUGGAGCUGUUCGUGGUCACCUUCCGAGUGCUGUGGGCGUUCGUGCUGGCCGCUGCCAAGUGGCUGGUGCGGCCCAAAGAGAAGAGCGUGGCGGGGCAGGUGUGCCUGAUCACCGGGGCGGGCAGCGGCCUGGGCCGUCUCUUCGCCUUGGAGUUUGCCCGGCGCCGGGCGCUUCUGGUGCUGUGGGACAUCAACACGCAGAGCAACGAGGAGACGGCGGGCAUGGUGCGACACAUCUACCGCGAACUCUCCGAGGCCGCCCCCAAAGUAGUUGGAGACGGAGAGAAAGAUGCGCUGCCCCAUUGCAGCUUGCAGGUUUACACGUACACCUGUGAUGUGGGCAAAAGAGAAAAUGUCUACACGACAGCGGAGAGGGUCCGCAAAGAGGUUGGAGAGGUUUCUGUCCUGGUUAACAAUGCUGGCGUGGUCUCCGGGCACCACCUUUUGGAGUGUCCUGACGAGCUGAUUGAGAGGACCAUGAUGGUCAACUGUCACGCGCAUUUCUGGACCACUAAAGCAUUCCUUCCGAAGAUGCUGGAAAUGAAUCAUGGACACAUUGUGACAGUUGCAAGUUCUUUAGGACUGUUCAGUACUGCUGGAGUAGAGGAUUAUUGUGCUAGCAAAUUUGGAGCUGUAGGUUUUCACGAGUCUUUGAGCCAUGAACUGAAAGCUGCUGAAAAGGAUGGAAUCAAAACAACUUUAGUCUGCCCUUAUCUUGUAGAUACAGGAAUGUUCAGAGGGUGCAGGAUCAGAAAAGAAAUUGAGCCUUUUCUUCCACCGUUGAAACCAGAAUACUGUGUGAAGCAGGCUAUGAGAGCUAUCCUUACAGACCAGCCAAUGAUCUGCACACCUCGCCUCAUGUACAUGGUCACCUUCAUGAAAAGUAUUCUGCCCUUUGAAGCGGUUGUGUGCAUGUACCGGUUUUUGGGAGCAGACAAGUGUAUGUACCCCUUCAUUGCUCAAAGGAAGCAGGCUACAAACAACAACGAAGCAAAAAAUGGAAUUUAACACUGGUUUGGAUGGACUGACGUUUAUAGGUGAAUAUGAUAAUGUUACCUGAGUGAAUUGUGAAGUGCACUUGCAUCUAAGAGAUGCAAAAAGUUAUCACCUUACUGUGGCAUUCUCUUGGGUCCUCAACCUGUGUAUUGAACUCUAAAAAUCAAUGUUUUUUUAUAUACUGUAAAUAAAACUGACUAGAGUACUUGGAAAAUGUGAUAGGUAAACAAGGUGAAUUUACAGUGUAGCCGCCACCAUUGUCCUUUAGAAUCUCACUGUAUGUACAGUAAACUACUUCUUGUAGGGAUGCACUGUGUGAUAUCUCUUCCUCAGCUUACCAAGAUGUGUAAAAAUUGUGUACAACCAGAAGAUGUGUGUCUCAGAAGUUGCUUGUUUUUCCCAGUGGUGUUUGGUAAGAGGCAGGGAGGGAAAUAUUGAUACUUAAGCUACUGCAUAUCACCUUUUAGCAAAUUCAAGGAUGGUUUCUGACUGCGUCUCUUUGCUUGUUAACCCAAGCUCUCUAAAGGACACAUGGCCAACUUGUGGUGUAAUUCUCUUUUGUACCAAUUGUGUGUAUUCUGUUUAAACAAAGAUAUAAAUCUCUGCAGAUUCAAAGACAAGUGGAUGUAUCAGAACUACAUUCAAACUUGUACUGGGCAUCUGGUUUUCUAGGAAUGCAGUCAGUGAUUUAAAUCGACUUUUUUUCAAGUCACUUGAUUUGAAUUAUGCUCUGUUCUGUUUCCCUCUAUAUAUGUCAGAGUCCGGUCUGCUGUUAUGGACUAUGUUUCUUUUUGUAGUACUUAUUUCCGACAGAGUUCUCCCACCCCCUGAGGAAGCUGUUGUACUCAAUUUCUGUAACUGGACUUGUGCCUAAAAGACAAAGCAACUCAGCUGAGAUACAAACUGUUUAUGUAACUGCUGGUCGUACGCCAACUAUUAGCAAAUAAGAAAUAGAGUAAUGCCUGAUGCAACUUUACAUGUGGAGUAUGGAAGGGUGUAAAGAUUUUUUUUUCAAUUGUACUCACAUUGUAGAACAGCAAACGACAUUUUUACAGUAUUUUUUGUAAAGCGAACAAUUUUGUGCCUUGAAUUUGGUAAUCUGUAUUAGUGAAGCAUUGUAAAAGUGAACUUCUACCUCUGUAUCUUAAUGUAUACCAUCCACUUGUAAACUACUAUUGGACAAAUUGUGAUUACUUUUUUUAGAAUGUCUUGUUACAUAGUGACCAAUGCCUGUGGUUAUUAAAGUGAGCCACCUUUUCCUUAAA